UUCGUAGAUACAGCGAUCCUUAGUGCUAGCGAUACAAUGAGUAGUAGAAAAUCAUGGAAGACCCUUGAAGAGCUAGUCUCUUCGCCUCUACUGACGGAGAAAAAGGCCAGUACGAAGAAACCUAAGCUUAAACGACAAAAAACGACCCAACGAAUGAUUAGUAAGAACCUGACUGGUUUACGCGUGAGAGAUUUGAUGAUCGAAAACUCUUCGGAUGAUGAAUUCCAAUCUGAUCCUGAAAAAGAGCACGGCGCAGAGAAGGUUUUGCUUACUCAAUCCCAGACACCAUUCAUCAGUCCCGCUGAAGUGGCGAUAGAAGGUGGAAACUCGUCGGAUUCGGAAUUAGUGCUUUCGAAAGAUGAUGAAGACGUUACACAUCGACGACUUGUUUCUUCUCCGUCUGAAAUGGAUGACUGCUCAGCAAUUCACUGCAAGAAGAAACGCGUGCCACAUGUACCUUUUCCUGGGGUAACAUGCAUGUAUUACGGGCAAAUUGUAGAUGAUUUGAACGAUUCCUGCGCAAGUGAGAUGGUUUCAUCAGUUGAGAACCCUAACGGUUCAAGUUGCACACGUUUUAAGGCAUGUUCUUACAAUUAUCGAUGUAAGAAAACCAAAGUUUCACAUAUUUCAAACGAUGUCUGUCGGUGUGCAAUCUCGGAACUUUCACCAUCAUCAGAAGAUUUACGUUCACAACCGCCUUCGUCAGCCAACGACAACGGCGCGUCAUCGUCAUCCGCAAGGAGAAGAAAAGGAGCUAAAAGAACAAAAAUGGGAGCAUUUUCGACCACCCAAUGGAAUAUAGUGGACGACGAUUCAUCUUCCGAAGACGCGAAUUGUGAGACUUACGACGCUUCAAGUACCGUUUCAAAUUUAUUCAUUAUUGAAGACAUUCAACCAUCACAAGUGGUUAACUCUCCAGAAAUGUUAUCGUGUCCCGAUGGGAAUGCUCUAGCAUCGGAACACGCAAAUAAGCCAUCGCCCGCUGAAAGACAUCGACAGAGAAGAAACACAAUCACUACGUGCUCUGCUGGUGCAAAUUUAUUCAACAUCGAAGAAUUGUUACCGUCACCUGUUGAAAAUUCUUCAUCAACGUGUUUCUCAACAGCAUCAUCAUUCUAUGAAAAUGAAAUGCCGUUAGUUGGAAGACACACAAAAGGGAAAUAUCGGACAGGCUCGCCUCUUAAAAUGCUAGCAACGGUUUUGAGAGAGAAAACGUCGAUUCAGAGGGUUUGGUUUCAUGAAAUGCUCUCCGGUAUCGUUCAACCAAAACUACUAGUAACACUGGAAACCAUUGAACGCUGCUACGGGCGAGUAUUGCUUCACUUUUACACAACCACUGACAAGGACGAUUGCCGGCAAAGAAUUGAAAACAUAAUUAUUUUGGAUUCUGGGGAUAAGCAGCUGCAAAAGCUCGAAGUCGGAAUGAAGAUUGCAUUGGAACUGGACGAACAAAAUCUUCCUCUUCGAAUUUCUCGGCAUCAACUAAUUCAUCUUGGAGUGUUCAAGCUGUUUCCCGCAUUGUUGUUUAACAAAUAA